GGAGCAAGAAAGGGAAGAACAGUUAAUGGAAGACAAGAAAAGGAAGAAAGAGGAUAAAAAGAAAAAAGAAGCCACCCAGAAGGUCACGGAACAAAAAACCAAAGUGCCCGAAGUGACGAAACCAAGUUUAAGCCAACCAACGGCCGCCAGCCCAAUUGGCAGCUCUCCAUCGCCACCAGUCAAUGGUGGCAACAAUGCCAAAAGGGUGGCAGUGCCGAACGGACAACCGCCAAGCGCCGCCCGCUACAUGCCUCGGGAGGUGCCACCGCGAUUCCGUUGCCAGCAGGACCACAAAGUGUUACUAAAACGUGGGCAGCCCCCUCCACCGUCCUGCAUGCUCCUCGGGGGUGGGGCGGGGCCUCCUCCCUGCACAGCACCUGGAGCAAACCCAAACAACAACGCACAAGUGACAGGAGUGCUGCUGCAAAGCGAGAGUGGGACUGCACCAGAGUCAACCCUUGGAGGUGCUGCUGCUUCAAAUUAUGCAAAUUCCACUUGGGGCCCGGGAGCCUCCUCCAACAACGGCGCCUCCCCCAACCCAAUUCACAUCUGGGACAAGGUGAUUGUAGACGGGUCUGACAUGGAAGAGUGGCCUUGUAUUGCCAGCAAAGACACUGAAUCUUCUUCCGAAAACACCACCGAUAACAACAGUGCCUCGAACCCUGGCUCUGAGAAGAGCACUCUGCCAGGAAGCACCACUAGUAACAAAGGCAAAGGGAGCCAGUGCCAGUCUGCAAGUUCUGGGAACGAAUGUAAUCUUGGGGUCUGGAAAUCUGACCCUAAGGCUAAGUCUGUUCAAUCUCCCAACUCUACUUCAGAUAGCAACAAUGGACUAGGAAACUGGAGGAGUGCAAGUGGUCAGGAUAGAAUUGGACCUGGCUCUGGCUUCAGCAACUUUAACCCAAAUAGCAACCCAUCUGCCUGGCCAGCACUGGUCCAAGAAGGAACUUCUAGGAAAGGGGCAUUGGAAACAGAAAAUAGUAGUUCCAGUGCACAAGUUAGCACAGUAGGUCAGGCAUCCAGGGAACAGCAGUCAAAGAUGGAAAAUGCGGGUGUUAAUUUUGUUGUCUCUGGCAGAGAACAGGCUCAAAUUCAUAACACUGAUGGACCAAAAAAUGGAAACACUAACUCCUUGAACUUAAGUUCACCAAACCCCAUGGAAAAUAAGGGAAUGCCCUUUGGAAUGGGCUUGGGGAACACCUCCAGGAGCACUGAUACCCCUUCACAAAGCACUGGAGAUCGAAAGACUGGGAGUGUUGGGUCUUGGGGUGCAGCUAGGGGGCCUUCUGGAACUGACACAGUCUCUGGACAAAGCAAUUCUGGAAAUAAUGGGAACAAUGGAAAAGACAGAGAGGACUCCUGGAAAGGAGCUUCUGUUCCAAAACCAACUGGGUCAAAAAGUGACUCUUGGGACAACAAUAACAGGUCUACGGGUGGGUCCUGGAACUUUGGCCCUCAGGACUCUAAUGACAACAAGUGGGGUGAAGGGAACAAAAUGACAUCUGGGGUCUCUCAGGGAGAAUGGAAACAGCCGACCGGGUCUGAUGAGUUGAAAAUUGGAGAAUGGAGUGGUCCAAACCAACCAAAUUCUAGCACUGGAGCAUGGGACAAUCAAAAGGGCCACCCCCUCCCUGAAAACCAAGGCAAUGCCCAGGCUCCCUGUUGGGGAAGAUCUUCCAGCUCCGCAGGAAGUGAAGUUGGAGGUCAAAGCACUGGAAGCAACCAUAAAGCAGGAAGUAGUGACAGUCAUAAUUCCGGUCGUAGGUCGUACAGGCCCACACAUCCUGAUUGCCAGGCUGUCUUGCAGACUCUUUUGAGCCGGACUGAUUUGGACCCUAGGGUGCUCUCAAACACUGGCUGGGGCCAAACUCAAAUUAAGCAGGACACAGUGUGGGAUAUUGAAGAGGCGCCAAGGCCUGAGGGGAAAUCUGACAAAGGAACUGAGGGGUGGGAGAGCGCUGCCACACAGACCAAGAACUCAGGGGGCUGGGGAGAUGCACCCAGCCAAAGCAAUCAAAUGAAGUCUGGAUGGGGGGAGCUCUCAGCCUCGACAGAGUGGAAAGACCCCAAGAGCACAGGAGGCUGGAGUGACUAUAAGAACAACAACUCUGCUAACUGGGGAGGAGGGCGAGCAGACGAAAAGACACCGUCCUCUUGGAAUGAGAGUUCUUGUAAGGAUCAGGGGUGGGGAGGUGGGCGCCAGCCCAACCAAGGAUGGACUUCUGGGAAGAAUGGUUGGGGCGAGGAGGUUGAUCAAGUGAAAAAUAACAAUUGGGAAAGUUCUGCCAGUAAGCCUGUGUCUGGGUGGGGUGAAGGAGGGCAGAAUGAAAUUGGAACUUGGGGUAAUGGUGGGAAUACAAACCUAGCUUCAAAAGGUGGGUGGGAAGAUUGCAAAAGAUCCCCUGCGUGGAAUGAGACGGGCAGACAGCCCAAUUCCUGGACUAAACAACACCAACAGCAGCAGCAGCAGCAGCAGCAGCCACCACCACCACCACAGCCAGAGGCUUCUGGUUCAUGGGGAGGCCCACCCCCACCACCUCAAGGCAAUGUUCGACCGUCUAAUUCCAACUGGAGCAGUGGGCCCCAGCCUGCAACCCCUAAGGAUGAUGAACCCAGUGGUUGGGAGGAACCAUCCCCGCAGUCAAUUAGUCGAAAAAUGGACAUUGAUGAUGGCACUUCAGCUUGGGGAGAUCCUAACAGUUAUAACUACAAGAAUGUGAACCUUUGGGAUAAGAAUUCUCAAGGGGGCCCAGCACCUCGAGAACCAAACCUGCCUACCCCGAUGACCGGAAAAUCAGCAUCAGUCUGGAGCAAAAGCACACCACCUGCUCCAGAUAAUGGGACUUCAGCCUGGGGUGAGCCAAAUGAAAGCAGUCCUGGGUGGGGUGAAAUGGAUGAUGCAGGAGCAUCAACCACAGGCUGGGGAAACACACCUGCCAACGCUCCCAAUGCCAUGAAACCCAAUUCCAAAUCUAUGCAAGACGGCUGGGGGGAGAGUGACGGACCAGUCACAGGAGCUCGCCAUCCUAGCUGGGAAGAGGAGGAUGAUGGAGGAGUCUGGAACACCGCCGGCUCUCAGGGAAGCACUUCCUCCCACAACUCAGCAAGCUGGGGACAAGGAGGGAAGAAACAAAUGAAGUGCUCGAUAAAAGGAGGAAACAAUGAUUCGUGGAUGAAUCCUCUUGCCAAACAGUUUUCAAAUAUGGGAUUGCUGAGUCAAACUGAGGAUAACCCAAGCAGCAAAAUGGAUUUGUCUGUAGAUAAGAAAUUUGAUGUGGACAAGAGAACAAUGAAUCUCGGGGAUUUUAAUGAUAUCAUGAGGAAGGAUCGACCUGGGUUCCGUCCACCUAAUUCCAAAGACUUGGGAACCACAGACAGUGGGCCUUAUUUUGAGAAGCUGACUUUGCCUUUCUCCAAUCAAGAUGGGUGCCUUGGGGAUGAGGCUCCCUGCUCUCCCUUCUCCCCUUCUCCCAGCUACAAGCUGUCUCCCUCUGGUUCCACACUACCCAACGUCAGCCUUGGAGCAAUCGGCACAGGGCUCAACCCCCAAAACUUCGCUGCUAGACAAGGCGGCAGUCAUGGUUUGUUUGGAAACAGCACAGCACAAUCGAGAGGCCUGCACACUCCAGUGCAGCCACUGAGUUCUUCUCCUGGUCUCCGGGCGCAAGUGCCUCCCCAGUUUAUCUCCCCCCAGGUUUCUGCCUCAAUGCUCAAGCAGUUCCCUAACAGUGGCCUGAAUCCAGGUCUCUUUAAUGUGGGGCCCCAGUUGUCUCCUCAACAAAUUGCCAUGCUGAGCCAGCUUCCACAGAUUCCCCAGUUUCAGUUGGCAUGUCAGCUUCUCCUGCAGCAGCAGCAGCAACAGCAGCAGUUGCUACAGAACCAGAGAAAGAUUUCUCAAGCAGUGCGCCAGCAGCAAGAACAGCAGCUGGCAAGAAUGGUGAGCGCUCUCCAGCAGCAGCAGCAACAACAGCAACAGCAGCAGCAGCAGAGGCAGCCUAGCAUGAAGCAUUCACCUUCUCAUCCUGUUGGUCCUAAGCCACAUUUGGAUAACAUGGUACCCAAUGCGCUGAAUGUGGGGCUCCCAGACCUUCCGACCAAAGGGCCAAUCCCUGGAUAUGGUUCUGGCUUCAGCUCUGGCGCCAUGGACUAUGGUAUGGUUGGUAGCAAGGAGGCUGGGACUGAGUCUCGCUUCAAGCAAUGGACCUCCAUGAUGGAAGCGCUGCCAUCUGUGGCCACACAAGAAGCCACCAUGCACAAAAACGGCGCUAUAGUGGCCCCUGGUAAGACCCGAGGAGGUUCACCAUACAACCAGUUUGAUAUAAUCCCAGGUGACACACUGGGUGGCCAUACGGGUCCUGCUGGUGAUAGCUGGUUACCUGCCAAAUCUCCACCGACUAAUAAAAUCGGAAGUAAAUCCAGCAAUGCCAGUUGGCCUCCAGAAUUCCAACCAGGAGUGCCAUGGAAAGGUAUCCAAAAUAUUGACCCUGAAUCUGACCCCUAUGUCACCCCAGGAAGUGUUCUGGGGGGUACAACCACAUCUCCCAUUGUAGAUACUGACCACCAACUGCUGCGGGAUAACACCACAGGGUCUAAUUCUUCCCUCAACACCUCGCUGCCUUCACCUGGUGCCUGGCCCUACAGUGCCUCUGACAACUCCUUUACCAACGUUCAUAGCACUUCAGCAAAGUUCCCUGAUUACAAAUCCACGUGGUCCCCAGAUCCCAUAGGACACAACCCCACUCAUCUCUCCAACAAGAUGUGGAAAAACCACAUCUCCUCCAGGAACACUACACCGCUGCCCCGCCCACCUCCUGGCCUGACCAACCCCAAACCGGCAUCUCCUUGGAGCAGCACAGCACCCCGAUCGGUCAGGGGGUGGGGGACACAGGACUCCCGGAUUGCCUCGGCCUCUACCUGGAGUGAUGGUGGAUCUGUUCGUCCUAGUUACUGGCUGGUUCUUCACAAUCUCACUCCACAGAUUGAUGGGUCAACCUUGAGAACGAUCUGCAUGCAGCAUGGCCCACUGCUGACAUUCCAUCUGAAUCUAACCCAGGGCACUGCCCUGAUCCGAUACAGCACCAAACAAGAGGCAGCCAAGGCCCAGACUGCACUGCACAUGUGUGUGUUGGGAAACACUACCAUCCUGGCCGAGUUUGCCACUGAGGAUGAAGUCAGUCGCUUUCUGGCUCAAGCUCAGCCCCCUACACCUGCAGCAACUCCGAGUGCACCUGCCACAGGGUGGCAGUCACUGGAGACCAGCCAGAGUCAAGCAGACCCCGUUGGACCUGCGCUGAACCUUUUCGGUGGGUCCACCGGGCUCGGGCAGUGGAGCAGCAGCACUGGUGGCAGCAGUGGGGCAGAUCUUGCCGGCACUUCCUUGUGGGGCCCCCCAAACUAUUCUUCUAGCUUGUGGGGAGUCCCGACGGUGGAAGAUCCCCAUAGGAUGGGCAGCCCUGCUCCUUUACUACCUGGUGACCUUCUGGGAGGAGGGUCGGAUUCAAUCUGAACUUAGAACUUUCAACUCUGACCUCGUGACCUUUUUUGGAACAGCAGCAGCACUAACUUGACCUUUUCGUUUUUUUUUUCAACUUGCAAUAAAUACAUUUUUAAAAGGAAAAAAGAAAACGGAGAGAGAAAAAAGGUGGGUCAUUGACAGACUGUCUGAGCACAUAGUUGCCUCCCUUAAAACUUCAGUUUUUUCGUUUGGAAUAUGAAUCCAAAAAGAGAACAUAUCACUCUUGAAAUACUUGAAUCAUGAACGCCAACCUAGAAAGACAAUGUGAAGCAAGUACACAUACCAUUUAAAUUUAAACACAAAAAAUUAAAAAAAUUAGUUUCUAGUUUUUCACUUUUUUCAUGUUAUAUGGAAGUUGUUGCUAAGAAACAUAUAUACUGAAAAAAUAGCUUUUUAACUUUGUUUGCACUGGGUGUGUUUCCGUCCUUAGGUCUACCAUGUUUGGGUGGGAGGGAAAUUCAAAAGAAUUGUUGGGGGAGGGGGGAGGGAAGACUUGACGGAGCCUCACUUUAAAAACAAAAACAAAAAAACUUAAAAAAAAAAAAAAAAAGGAAAAAUUUUGUGAUUGGCUGGUUGAUAAAUACCAGUGUGUUCUGGCACAUGUAACUGCCCAGGCAUGCUCGUUCUGGUAUGUGUGUGCACGUGUGUUCAUGUGCAUUUGCGUGCAUCCUCCUCUCUGUCUCUUUGUGUGUGCCUGCGUCCUGCCCUCCUCGUCCCGCCCCACCCUGAUUUCUCAGAAAGCUGCAUUGCUGAUAGUUCGCAGGCUGGCUGGCCGGCCAUCCGCUUUUUAUUAUUUUUGACUAUGAGAACACAGGAGCACAGGGAGCCGCUGCAACUCAAGCCACUUCUUCCGGCUGCAUCAAGAUGAAGGGUGCUUUUCAGUGAUGAGAGCAGCAGCCAGAACAUGAGGGUCCCCAGCUUCCUGUUGACCUAGCUGCAGAGCAGAGCACUGCCAAGCCCAGCUGUGCGAUGGGAGGUGCCUCUGAGAAGCUGCUGCUCACCUCUGUGCUGUGAAAUAAGCGGCUUCUGAGCACUCGGGGUCUUAAGCCGUUCUGCUACUUUGAAUGGGAACAGGUGAUUCAAUAAUUUUUAAAUCAUGUGAUGUUUUAAAAGCAGAAAAACUGUUUCCACUUUGCUGUGUCAUCAGGUGUGAGAAUUUUUUUAAAGGAUUCAGGUAAUGCAAAUUAAAUUAUUUCUAUCAGUUCUCAUUAUCGUUUGAGGAAAACAGCAGUAAGUUGUGAGCAGCCUCCUGGAAGCAUCGCAGCCCCUCCCUCUCUGCUCCUCUCUCUCGCUGAGCGUUACCUGUGCCAGGCCGCGGCGCGUUACAGCACCAGGCCAUCACUGACAGAAACGUUUACUUAACGAAUGUUCUUAAACCAGUGUGUACUUCAAGUGUCUCCCUUUGUUUCUCUGUGUUGUUUCCUGUGUAUGUGGUUUUGCUUAGGCAGAAAUAACUUAGCAAAGACUUAAGUAUUGCACCUUGUUUUGGUUUUGACCUCUUUUUUUUUCUUUCCUUGUAAUGUUGGUUUUUUUUAUUUUGGUAUUUAAGACUUUUUUUAAAAAAGCAUCAAUGUAGUAGUUCUCUGGGCCGAACAGGAGGCAAUGUUAAUCCACAGUUAUCACCAAUACGUAUGUACUAUGUUGGAAUCAAAAUAUAUCAAAUUCAUUAUUGUGAAGAGAGUGAAAGUAAACCUGAUGGGGAUCCUUACAUACUAAGUAGAUGGUGGGCGGGCGGGCGGGUGGGGGAGAUGUGUGCGGGUAACAUGCUAGCACUUGUGUGAAUAUCCCAGUCUGCAUCGUACUGUUUGUUCAACAUGAAGUGCCGACAUUCUGUACCAGCAAUUACCUGCCCAUUCCAACCCCUGAUGGGAGCAGACCUCUGCUGUCCUCUGUGACUUGCUGCUAUUGAGGACAAGGGAGUUUUUCUUUCUUUAGCAUCUUCAUUGAAGGAUACAGCAAUGCCUAAUGUAUUUAACUUUCAGCUUGUGUCUUUUGUGUAGGUGGGUAGAGGGGUAUGGAUAGGAAAAAGCAAACAAACAAAAAACCCAAAAUUGCAUGUAAGUGGCUUUGUAAGACAGUGAGUGGGAAAUUCUGUAGUCAUCUUGGCUUACCUUGUUGGAUAUAAACCUAGCUUCAGAGGAGGCUGACGGGCACCAUUCCCAUGAGCACUUGCUUGUGCUUGCCAAUCUGGGUGCCCUUAGCAGGUGGGUGGGCAAAUGAGUGUGCAGUUCUGGUUUGUUCCUGCAACCCCUUGUUCUCAUGGACUCUGCCUUCCUCCUGCUCUCUGGUCUCCAUCGCCACCAUCCCUUCUCACCUCUGCCCUACAAAAUGUCUCCUUCCAGCCCCACCGACUCUCAGUGUUGGAGCAGAGCUCUGUCACAGGUGAUGACGUCCGAGUGAAGCGCAGCUUAUAUUCAGACAUCUGCAGACUGAAGGCUGAAUCUUAGCGUCCCCAGACUCCUGGGAGCCUGUAGGGACCGUCCACUGCCGCUGUUGGUUCAUGGCCCUACCUGCCCUCUCCUCUUCCCCUGCUCCUCUUUCUGCCUGUUGGGUCUUUGACCUGCACUAUGGCUUAGUUGAGUUCCUUACGAUACUACGGUGAAAGCCGGGUGCUAGAGCCCCUCUUGUUUACAAGACAUAAAUGAGGGAUUUGAAAUAUGUAAAAAUAAACAUGAGAAGCUAAAAUGUUCUUCCAUCAUAAGCUUAAAGGGAAAAAAACUAAAAACUUAAAAAAAAAAAAAAGACCAAAAAGUGCGUGUAUAUAUAUAUACACAUACAUAUAAAUAUAUAUUUUAGAUGAAGACUAACUCUGGGAGCAUUUAACAGUGUUUUUGUUUUUUAUUUUUAACAUUAUUUUCCUGCUUUAAAAUUUGCAAGCAUUCUCAGGAAUUCUAGGGUAGGAAGCCAGUUUUUUGAAGAUGGUUUAUUUAAUCGUAUCUUAUCCUAGAUAGACAGCUGUUUCUUUCCUGUUAGUAAACUUUUACAAGUUCCUGAAACUUCAGAAAGUUUAAAUGAUUUUUACUUACAAAAAUAUAAAAAAGAAAAGUCUCCAGACGUUAUUAUCAUACAGGGGAUCACACAUUUUAAAAUACAUAGAAAUAUUUUUUAAAAAUUACCAAUUUAGCAGCAACAGGUAAAUUCAUUAUCUUAACAACUGUGGGAGAAGGCUCAGAUGUUCUGAGCAUUGUCACCACCUUGCUUGAGAUUGUGCAUGACUUACCAGGGGAGUGUCUAUUGAGCUCGUAGGACUGCCUGCCACCACACUGUUCUGUCUGAAGCUGGACUGGCAUCUCCCCGUCAUGUUUCUGUUCUCCAGUACAGCCCUUCUUCUCCCUGGCUCUCCAGUCCCAUCAACAAAAGAAAGGAAUAAAGAAAGAAACAAUAGCUUAAGCAAGAAGGAUUGGCUCUAAACUGUGGCAGUGCAGUUGUUGGAUUGCUGAGAAUCUCUGUAAAGAGUUAGGAAAAACAGAUUAAUAAUUUUUAAAACAAAUUUUAAAUAUAAGCAUUACUAAAGGAAAAUGACCUAUGGACUGUUCUGUUCAUGAAGAAUGUGUGUUUCACCUCCACCUGUUAUAGGAGGAGAAAACAGAAGAGUCUAAUAAGGAACAAGUGGUUUUACUUUUUUUUUUUUUUUUAGCUCCCAGCUACUGUUUGCUUGUGUUAAAUGCUGUUUUGAAGAUCAACUGCUUACUAUCCCCAUCCUGGGAGGCAGAGAUGUGGAGUGUUUUCCUUUUGAUUUUGGUGAUGUUGAAUUCUGCUUUUGUAUUCCCUCCUGGGGCCAGAGUUCUUGGCCACAGCUUCUUUCAAACUUUAAGCUUCCCAGUGGGAAAGAAAAUCCAGCUCCACAGGUAAAGUGAAUGGGUGGGGUUGUUGCCUGCAUUCUCUAAAACCGCUUUAGUGCCUUCGUACAUACACCAGACAUCCUAAACAGGGGAUGAGUGUGUGUGUGCAUGUGGUCCAGUCACUCCACAGCUGGUAUGACGCUUGCCUGUAAAGGAAAUUGGAGUGGCUCUGGACAGGCCCCAAAGGCAGUGGGCUAAAUCAAAAUAAACAGAAAUUGAGGAAGUUAAAUACGUUGUUUUGUCUCCAUAAUGUGGGAUGCCAAGUUCCUUCCUAUGUUGUGUGCCCUCCAUAGGUGCUGACUUCUCCAUGUAUAGAAGGGUGACAGUAAUAGUCAUGGGGAAAGUCUUUUUGUGCCGGGCCAGUGGAGGAAGGCUCCUGCUUCUCAGCUCCUGUUUCUCUCUGCCUCUCCCCUUCGCCCGUUUGUCAUCUUGCUGGAAGCUUCUGUUAUUGAUAAGCAGUGACCUAAGAAGAGGAUGUGGUGAGGGGUGUCUUGAUGGUGGAAAGCCCUUCCCUCCCCCAUGAUAUUUAGCAAAACACCUGUCUACCAAGACAUUAGGCGACUCAUUCUACAUGGAAAAAUUCAAUAAGCAUAUCGUUCCAGCACAUUGUGGCAUAUAUACAGAGGCUUGCUAGUCACCAUUAUAUAGAUUUGUUUUAUACACAUUAUAAGCAUGUAAAUGUGAGCUUUCUGUUUUAUACUAGUGUUUUGGUUCUUUUUUUUAAACUCUUGAUUAGUGGUAGGUAGACAUAUAUAUAUGUCUCAUAAGCAUCACAGGCUUGUUUCUGUCUAUCCCUUCCCCCAUGAAUAGCCAAAAGAAAAGCACAGGUGUGGAAAAGUCUUCUAUCACUUGGGAGAGCCUCUGUUGCCGAUGAGACCCAGUGCCAUGACCCCAUGUAAAGGUUGAGAAACACUCAGGUCUCUGACACCCUCUUUAAAACAAACAGAAGAGAAAGGACAGUCUGUAUACCAUCUCUCCUCUCAGCUCCUAAUUCUUGUUUUCCAUUUCCAGCAUUUAUAAGAAUGAACUUAACAGUGCAGCAGUGCUGGUCCACAAAACAACAGCUCGAAACCAUAUUCUUUCCUCAGUGUCCCAGUGAAACAUCCCUGUGCUUUGCCAUUCACUCAGUUACUUUAUAUUUCAAUGGCUUGAGUUCUAAGAAUUUUUCCACUUGUGUUGUAAAUGUAGCAUUGGGAAUUGAAUCAAAAUUCAGUGUGAUGUGGAAGGUAAUAUGUAAGGGGGAAAAUGAAAGGGGGAGGAAUUCCUGCUAAGAAUUUGGAAGGGCUUUAUUAGUGUGCCUACCAAAAACUGAACGUUAACUUACCGCAGACACUUCACACCCUACUUGUGGUUCAUUGUGCUAGGGAGGAAACCCAGGACUUUACCCAUGGUAGAGAGCAUGCUCUGUGCCUGAGCCACACAGUUCUUCCAGCCCUACGCUGUCGCUGUCCCCACCCCCUUUUUCUUGUAAGGGAAAUGGUUUUGCAGGGUUAACAGCCAGGUUCUGCUUUGACCUCAGAUGCUGUGUACUUUCUCAUCCUCUGCCACUUGACUCUUAGUGAAUGCUUAAGACAAGCCUGCUUCCCUCUCCAGUGUCAGCAGGUUUGACUGAGAUAGCCAUCUCUAAAACUGAGGCACAAUUGAGUGGUGGUCCCAUUCUUCCCUGCUCUCAGAGGUAAAAUUCAGCAUAUACUGCUCUGACAUUUGUUACUUUGAGUUAGUGGGGUUUUUUUUUAUUCUAAGUGUAAAGUCUUCAACUAGGAGAAGAGACACAAUUUUAGCUGGUUUAAAAACAAAGAAACAAAUCCCAAACUUAAUUCUCCAUGUUUUUGCCAAGUUUUGUCACAGUUUUGCAUCCUGAAAUUAGCUACACUUCUUAAUAUCACUGCAAAGAAAAACCUUGUUCUGUGAUUGUGUUUGUCUUCUAUGAGUGCAGCUAGGCCUAUGCUAGCUUGUGUGUAAGUGGACUGUCCACACAUAGACUGAGGGCCACACAGAGCCCCUUUGCUCUUCACCUACAAGGACAGGGCUGUUGAAGACCUCAUCGGCCUAUAAGAAAAAAAAAAACAAAAAACAAAAACAGAAUAUCCCCAGAGUUUGUUUCACCCUAUAAGAAUGCUCCAUAGGUUUACAGCCAGUGCCCAAGGUAUGCUGUCAUCAGAGAUGGCUCCAGUUGUCAACAAUAGUAUUCUUAUUCUUGACCUUAACUUUGACAAAGGGGGUAGCCAUACUGAAUUCUUUAGAUGUGAAGUAAUUGUCAACCCCAGGAAUCUAAACAAAGGACAGUAAUAAAAACUGAGUAUUGGACUAGACUUGGUGGCACACGCCUUUAAUCCCAGCACUUGAGGGGCAGGAACAAAUGGACUUCUAUGAGUUCAAGGCCAGCCUGUUCUACAUAGCAAGUUUCAGAGAGACCCUGCCUCACAAAGCAAAUUCUGAAUAUCAAUCCUCUCUAAACUGCCCACAUCUCUUCCCCUCUUCACACUGCCACAAGGAGGACAUGAACAAGAUACAAAAUGGUAUAAGAAGAGAGUGGAAAGCUAGCUCCUGCCAGCCCAGCGUCCACUCUGCCUUUCAUGUGUGUGGUCCUCCUGACUAGGUCCUGAACAGAUGGGAAGUACUUCCAUCUUUUGAAUGGUUUUUUAAAUAGUAGCAACAUGACAGAGAAUGCCUGUGUUUGCUUCUCAGAUUUGAAAUGGCCCAUGCCAGGAAAGGGGUACUAUCUUGACAAGAAGCUCUGCAGAGCUCAGUAUUCUCCUCAUGGUGACAGACUUACCUUACCACAGGAGGGGAGAGGCCAGAUAUACUUUCAUAAGCCAGAAGUGUUCUACUUUAAAUAAGAAAGAAAUAGUAUUUCCCUAGAGCAUUGCAUGCCUCCCUUAGUUUUCACAGUAUGAGUGAGUCAGUGCACUGGAAACAAACUCCCAAUUACAGUUGACCCAUUUCCAGUCAGUAUCAGGAAGUCCAGAUGACCUCUUCUAAAAGGGAAAUCCCUUCUUCAUACAUCUCCAUCCCUCUCCCUGGCUUCCUGGACUUUCUGGUGGAGCAUGCAGUUUUUCUUGGGCCACUGAAAUAACACCCCACUCCUGGAGUUUGUGAGGGACUUGAGGCAGAUGGAGCAGCCUUACUUCUGUGUCUGGCCUUACAGCAGGAAAAGGUAGUAGAACGCUGAAGGUAUAUGCCAAAAACAAAAGGGGGGUAUUUAUGCAAAACAAAACCAACCCUUGGGGAUCCUUCAAGAGGUCACAUACCUUGUAAAGGUAGAAUGGUUGCUCACUAAGUGAUGGCUUUUAGCAUGAAACUUCUUUUUGCCAGAAGUUUGGGGUUGUUAACAAUACUUGUGUUUAAAACACUACCCCUUUAAUUCUUUCCAAGGAAUCUCUUUAAGUGUAGUACUUCUGAAUGUGCCUUUGUCAGCCCAGAGACCAACUGUGGUCUGUCAGAGGGUCUCCUGGCAGCCCCAGGGACAGCUGUUGGAUUUUCAUGAGCACCCAUUUUGCACAGUAUGAGUUGUGUGGAAGAGAUUCUGGGUCUUGGACCAGGAGGUUAUAAGCAAGGCCAGGGCCCAGCGGAUUCCACUGUAGUCAGCUGUCUACAUUUGCAUUCCUUAGUGUUUUCUCUCUCUCUCUCUCUCUCUCUCUCUCUCUCUCUCUCUCUCUCUCUCUCUCUCUCUCUCUCUGUGUGUGUGUGUGUGUGUGUGUGUGUGUGUUCUGUAAGCACUAGAGUAUUGGGAUUGGGAGACGGUGAUUUUUGUGACCCACUCAUUCUUGUAAAGAAGGCAUUUCUGGCUUUGUGCUGCAGAAGGUGCUCACACACACACACACACCCGCCUUAGAAGGUCAUGAUUUUCUCAAAUGCAAGUCACAUCAAUGUUGCUGUUUCUGUGAACAGGGUAUUUAUUGCACACAAAGGAAAGGUUUUGAAAGAAUUGAGACCGAUGCUUAAAAAAGAAGAAAACCUCUGAAAUCACAUUGUAGUUUUUGAGAGAUGUUGUAGUUAAACUUGGAAAUCUAUAGUCUGUUCAUGUUUCAUGUUUGUUUUCAACAACCCCACCUCCUCCCUAUUCCCAGUCUUCUAAAGAAGCAUCCAGUGAAUACCAAGGACCCUGUCCAUCAUCCUCAGUGCUUCCCCCUUUCCCCCUGGAAAAUGCUCCCCAGAUUCCUUCAGCUUCACUCAAAAAUGGAGGCUUCACUCCUCUUGUUGCCUUGGGAUGUAUUAUUAUGCAAAUGUGAAUUUAACUAGAGGUUGUUGGAUUAGUUUUUGUGUUGUUGUCCCCCACCCCAAAAAAAAAAAAAAAAAAAAAGUCCAAAUGUGACCAUCCUUACUCCAUUUUAUAUUCUGAAUUUGUAACUAUGCAUAUUCUGAAAAGGGGGAAGGCAGGGAAAGAAGCCAAUUUGCAUCCUUGUGUAUUCCCGUUUCUGUGUCCAUGGAAUCCCCAUGUCUGGGAAGGGAAGAAGAGGAGGCAAAGGCUCAUUGGGUCAGCAUAGUGAGGGCAAGAGGGGCCUCCCAGACCCCACCCUCUGUCUGGCAGGUCUGAAUGCCAAGUAAAUUUGGGAGAGGAGGAUCUGCCAUGCCUAUCCAUCAUUACAGUGCAGGAUUCUUGAUACUGGCCAUGCAGUGUUAACCCAGGGCAGCCAUGGAAGCUCACAGGCUCCAGUAUUCUCUGAACUCAGAACCCUUUCAAGCUCAGGAAACUAUGACGAAUUCUGCUGACCUGAGAGUUCAUCUUCUCCUUUUACGUUUCUUUGUUUUUGGUCAUUGCAUAAGGUACCAUGCCUAGUUAUGAGCCGAGGAAGAGGGCUGUUCCCUGCCAUGUCUGCUCUCCCUGAUCUCUUUCCCUCACCUGUACUGAGCUGGUGGUGCAGUGAGUUGUGGGACACUGGAAGGCCUUCAUACUUUCUCUUUGUUGUUACAGCAGUUCCUGUGUAGAGUUAGCCUAUGCUAAGUCAUAGCGCCUGCAGUUGCUCUGGUCUAGGCAUUAUUACAGCAUAUAGUAUGGAAAGCCAGAGAUGUUCGGCCUGUCUUCAGUGUUUCUCACACAGCAAUCUCUGUUACGUUCACAGUACUGUAAUGAGUGACAGACUUGAUCACAGUCUCUCUGUCUGUGCAGGGUUGCACAGGCAUGAUCGUAUCAGGGUUCCAAUCUGUUUGAUUGCCUUUAAACAAAAGCAAAACAACAAGAAAAUCCUGAUGUUUCAAGUGUCUGACACAAAAGGAUACCUCAAGGUAUAUUUCCCCUGCAAUGUAAACCCUUCACUCCUCCUUUCUUGAUAUCAGUGAGCUAUUCUUUAUACAAUAAGGAUGUGUAAAUAACCGGAUAAGUCUUUGAAACAUUUUCUUUGCUGUGAAAAUAACCCUAAAAUAUGAUAUUUGCAUGUUAAGCUGUCAGAAGUUUCAGAUCUGAAUUCUUUUCUUGUCGAUGAAGAAAAAGCAAAACAGACCAGUGGGGUGGCUUUGGGUUUGUGGUUUGGGCUAUUCUCUCCUGGUGUUCCUCCUCUCCACAACACAGGACAGCAGACCAGUGGCCUCACCCUGCCCUAACUAGAUGCCAUCUAUUCGCACCAUGGCCCCAAGGUGGGCAAUAUCUGAAUUUCUCUCUUCCAUAUAUGAUCCAUACCCUCCAAGGACUUGAAAAAGUUCUCUGCCGUGUGGGGGUGUGUGUGGGUGUAUGUGGGUGUGUGUGCAUGCACACAUGCUCUUUAGUGUGGUUCUUUAAUCCCUAGUGGAGUUUAGUCCCUGAUUUUGAAGUCUGUCCCGUGGCUUUUUCAGCAAUGCUCUGGAAAUGUAUUUCUUACUUAGAAGGAAAUUCAGCUUAGAAGAAAAUUAGAAGAAAUUAAGGAAGAAAGCUGACAUUCUAAGACGUUCUUGUUGACACAUGCUGCUUGUGAGGGCGCUGACAGCUCCUGCCCUGCUAGACCUUGGGCUCCCUUGAAAGAGAAUAGAAGACUCCCUCUUUUAUCUCAUUUUAACUCAAAUCCAUGUCUGUUAAGAAGCUAUUGUCAAGAGUGCUUUCCCUGAUCUGUUUAAUGACGACUUCCUUUGUGGGAGGAAGCUAUAUGAAAGUGAUGGACAUCCCUUGCCCAUCUUCUGACUGGCACUGUUCCCUUGGAUUUUAUUCUGUUGUUUGUCUGGAGGUCCUUGCUUAUCAGUGUGCUUUUUCUUAUCGAUGGGGUUCUGCCUGCCCUUGUUUCCCUCUCUGAUGUUCCCAAAGGGCUUUGCUGAUGUCUGCACCUCUUUCCUGGGGCAUUCCCCUACGACACCCUUUGCACACACCAGUGACCAAAGUGUAUGCAGUGGUCUCAACACAUGACAUCAAAUGGUGCACGCACCUCUAGUGUGCUCACAGACGUGCACAAGAUUCUGCACCCUUGGCCUUAACUUCAGCACGACUUAAGGUGCAGGAACAUUUUUAACAGGUUUAAAAAUAAACUUUUCUGGGAGGGAAAAUAAAGCAGAUCCAACUGCUCCCCACUAUCUGCUUGCAACUCAUUCUGCAUCCAGCCCAGCCCAGCCCUGUUUUGCAUAACCAAAACCAACAACAAAAAGCAACCUAAGGAGAGGUUUCUGGACUGUUUUAUCUUUCUCCCUUUCGAUGGAGAUACAAAUGCUGCUUUGGGUUCCAUAAUCCUAGGGGGCUAUGUUUACAUAGUGAAUUAAUUCUACCAAAUCAGGAAACAGUAAGUAGUGGGAGACCCUUCAGUAGGAGGUCCCUGAGGCUGAACCAGAGGUGGAGAGGACUUAGGGAUGUGGCAGAAGAGGAGAGAGGUCCUGUUCAACUCAUUGUGACACGAGGGUCACUCCCUCCUCUCUGUUCUCCCUGGCCCUCUUUGCCCCUUUAAUCAAAAGGUUCAGAGAAAGACACCAGAAAGAGGCUGAAGUUUUAAGAGGCAGCUUUCCAACUUUGCACACAAAUGGAAGGUACCAUGAAAAUCCUCUCAUCUGAAACACUCAGCAGAAACAACCUGUCAAAGGACUAAAUCACUGCACACAUUGAUGCUCUCUGCAAGUUACCUAUAAAGUGUUUUGUUUUCUUAUACUUGAAAUCACUUUUACAAUAUUAUUUUGGUGGCUUUCCUUUCUCUCUUCUCUUGGGCAAUUGAAAAUACAGAUGACAAAUUUUAAGGAUGUGUGGGGAGAAAAGGAAGGAUGUGGCAUUGUCUUUUUUAACAUAGAGGUUCAGUCAGACUCCCAUAUGGUAAAGUUGCUCAUCUUACUGGUUUAACAUGGACACAGAAACUAGGCACUUUGGUGGUUCACUUGCACAGCAGGCCGACCCCCUUUCUAUAUUUUAUUUUACUUUUUUAGUAUAGUGGUACUUAAAAUCACUGGUUCACUUAAAAGAAAAAACAAAAUGUUAAACUCUACUAAUGUACAAAUAAGCUGAAAAGUUGCAUUUUAUGUGUAUUUUUUGCCAUAGCAGGUACUGUAUUUCUCAUGCUGGAUUUCAAAAUAUAUAUAUAUAUAUCUCAAAAACAAACAAAACUGAAGGGUGGUGUUUUCUCAGAUUGUGACAGGUUGAGUGGUAAGGAAUAAAGUCGUAGUCAUUUCAUUAAAACUGAGAGAUGAUGUAAUGCAUAUAUAAGAGUUUUCUGAAGGGUUUUUUGGGCUUUUAAACAGCUUAUUUUGUUUUUUAGUUUUUAUUUUAUUUUAUUUUGGAAAGAUAUGAUUGUAUUAUGUGCAACUCAGUUGCUUACAUUAUAACUACAAAAUAUUUUUGAGUUCCUGGAAAAAAAAAAGAAAAAAGACUAAUAAAUGUGUUUGGCUGCUAAGCAUUUAC